AUGGAGUUUGUUGAAGACAAGGCCUUAGAGGACGCAGGACAAUUCAUCACCUUUUACAGACGUUAUGUUGACGACACAUUUGUGAUUAUUAAGAAGAAUUUCACCAACACAUUCUUUGACAAGCUGAACAGCAUUCAUCCUAACAUCCAGUUCACGUGCGAGGAGGAGAAAGAGAAAAAGAUCGCCUUCUUGGAUGUCCUCGUGCAAAGAGACCCGUGCGGAAACUUGAAGACCUCGGUUUACAGAAAACCGUGCGGCACAGGUCAGGUCCUGCAUUAUGGUUCGGGGCACCCUCUUGAACACAAGCGAUCGGUUGUUCGUUCCCUGCUUUCACGUGCCAUGAAGAUCCCUUCAGAUCAUCAGACAAGACAAGAAGAAAUAACAAAGGCCAAAGCGGAUCUACGAAGAAGGGCAUACACUCUAAACCCGGUAACGCUUCUGUACCGCCUCAACAAGAGGUACAUUUUUUAA